AUGCACUCAAUAUCCAAGCUGCCGAAAUAUAGACCUAGACAUUACACAUUUGAUAUUGUUGAUGGCAAUGUCAUUGGGUAUAUUCAUUGCAUCGGAAAAGACGGAAAAGAAUUACAUUUGGAACACUUUGAUUCUUUUAUAGGUCAUAAAAGACAAACGGCGAUACCACAAGGUGUUGAUUUUGCCCAAGCUGAGGAAAAUAUCAAAAAAUAUAUAUGGACUGGUUCAUCAAGAAAAUUAUUUUUGAAUGAUAAAACAUGUCUUGACAUUAAAGGUGAAAUACCACACUUAGAGCUUAUAGCUGAUGCUUCUCUGAAUAAAUAUUCAAGCUUUCAAAUUGAAUACUUUCCUUCAUUAAAAAUUGAUACGACAAGUUUAAGUAUUGUUCAACAUGCUCCAGAACAUCCUUCUGGUGUUUCGAAUGCAAUAUUUGACCAGAUUUAA